AUGUUCAGGCUGUACACCCAAAAUGCGAACAAGGUCAAGAUGCAUGUGACACAGUUCCUGAAGAUGACCAGCAAGCAAAGUGCCAAGGCAGACAACCUGGCCAUGCCUUACAGCACCUAUGGCAAGUGGUACGAGUGCAUGCAGAUCAUAGGCAAGCGCCGAGGCAUUGACUUCAUGAGGCGCCUGUCCAUGCUCCUCCUGCCCCGAGACAGAGUGCUGGACAACUCCACUGCAGUGGUGUGUGUCGGACCGCCGAGGUGUGGUAAGAGCUGGUGCACCCUCUGGGCAGAGUGGCUCGACACUCUUGUUCACCUGAAAAUCAAAGAAGUGGGAGUUGGAAAGUAUGAAGCCCUCCUUUAUAACGAGAUUUGUGUGUUUGACGACCCAGAAUGUGGAGAGUGGCUGGACGACAGACAGACCAUAGCCAACAUCAUGACAGGGCACAACUGCUCUGUGAAAGUGUACUCUGCCACAGAAAUGAUUGUGAAACCUGUCCACAUCAUGGUCAAGUGCAAUGAGCUUCCACCGACUGCCGAAGACCAACACUCCAUGCUUGGCAGAAGGCUGGACAUAUACUCUUUCUCUCCUUGUGACAUACGAGAACCCAUUCCAGAAGACUACAACUACUUGCUAUGUCUCAAGUACUUUGUCAAUGCGAGGGACCACUUGAUCAGGUACAGAAUGCCCUGCUCUUGUGCUGCACUGUUUGAAGACUCGAGGAAGUGGUGCUUUGUCAGGAAGAGAGGAGACCCCUUGUUGCUGUGUGGACGAAGUGUCGAAGAGUUGCAGACCGAGUCGGAGCGAGUGGUCAAAGAGUUCACAGAUCAUGGUGGAAUUGUGGACUGCACCUUCCUCAAGAGGAACAUCCCGAUGAGAUGCACCGAAGAACCGCAAGAAGCCACACAAACUGAACACUAG